AUGGCAAGUCCAGAUGGAAGUACCCGGAGAGUAUUAAAAGCCAAAAAAACAAUGCCUCCAAGUUGCCGGAAACAAGUAGAACUCCUGAAUAAGUCAAAGAUUGUUGAAACACUGAAAACAGCAACUAUUGGAAAUAAUGUGCGAAGUAGUAAUCAGAAUUUUAGUACUGUUGUCAUACAAAACAAUUGUAGACUUUCUGAAAAUGGUGCUUUCUCAUUGGACUCCAGCAGAAAACCAGCACACUUACAGAAAUCUAGCACAUUCCCUCAGCACUUAAUAGAACCACUCGAAAAAAUUGUUGAUUCAGAGACGAGACUGAAUUACAUCGAUGGAGAAGUUGUGGGCCCUUACCCAAACUCAGCUAAAACAAUAUUUUCUUUCAGGAAGUUGUUCUUAGAAGAGGCAAAAGACUCACAAAAUAGUUUUGGAAAUCAUUUUGAAAGUCAGGCAAAUAAAACACUACCCAUGUUUGAGCUACGUGAUAAGGAUGGUAAUCUAAAGUCCAUUUGUUGUUCACCUAAUGUAUUGAGUAGUUGUACUCAAAUACCAACGUAUACAGUCGCCAGUACCUUGGAUGCUAAGGGAAACAACACGAUUGUUUCCUACUUAGAAAUACGCUCCAAAUUAGAGUCCCAUGAUAAAAACCAAAAUAACAAUUUGAAUUCAGACUUCUGUUUUGUGCCUGUUCAGAAAACACCUAACUUGGCGAAUUCAGGUUCCAGUAACUGUACUGCCGAUGGUUUUAAAAUGCAAGAAUCUAGUAAUAUUUAUCAUUCCAGCAUUUCAGAUUGUGGAAGUACAGACUCAACGUGGCAUUCUUCUCUCAGUAUUGGUAAUAAUAACAGUCAUAACCAAAAGAAGAGGAUGUUUGCAGAAAACAAAGAAAAUGUUAAGCGCAUGAGAACUUUAGAGCAAACUAAUGACAAUAUUACUGUAGCUCUGGAAAAGCAAAGAACAUUUUUGGAACAGGUCAAACAUUUAAUUCAUCAGGAGAUCUCUAUUAUAAAUUGCAAAGUGUUUGAUAACAAGCUGCAAGAACUGAAUGAACGCAUUGGGAAGACACAGUGCAGUAAUAAACAUGAAGCAAUAGCUGAUGAACUCUUCGCAAAAAUAGGAAAACUUCAAAGACGUAUUAAACAAUUGUUAUUAUCUCAAAGGAAUUAUUUGGAACCAGACAUGUUAUCCAGUAAUGUAGCCUGUAAGGAUGCAAAUUCUGAGACCAUGAAUUUGGAUAGGGAUCAAGAGUCACUUGAGGGUCCAAAUGAAGAAAUGACUUCUGUGGAUGAUGAACAUGCCAAGCCUUCAGAAAAAGCAAAUGAGCAGGUUAAUUUGUCACUGGAUCAUGUUGAGUUGGUUUCUGAAAGUCACAAUGAUGAUGUUAUGUUGAUUUCUGUGGGAAGUCCUAAUUUGACAACUUCAAUUACAUCAAAUCAAACAGAUAUGAGGGAAAUUACAUCAAGAAAUUCCAACAGUUCACCUGAUGUUGAAACAGAUGUUAUGAAGCAAAAACUUGAUUCUGUGAUUGAUUUGACAAAAGCAGGCCUAUCCAUCUGCAAAACAGAAAGUCCAGUCUCCUCCCCGGAGUCACCUUCGAAAGCUGUUUUAAACUCAAAGGAGACAACUUCAGAGGCACAAAUUGCAGCCCAGGUUCCUGGGUCCUUUGAGCACCUGCCACCUCUCCCAGGACCAUCACCACCACCACUACCUGAGCUGGUAGAGAAAAUUCGAGACACCCUUCCUCCCCAGAAGCCUGAGCUCAAAGUGAAACGGGUGAUGAAGCCCAGAGGCGUCGCCCUGACUUGGAAUAUCACCAAAAUCAAUCCCAAGUGUGCUCCUGUGGAAAGCUACCACCUCUUCCUCUGCCACGAGAGCCCAACGGAUGAGCCGAUUUGGAAGAAAAUUGCAGAAAUGAAAGCUCUACCGCUCCCAAUGGCCUGUAGUGUAUCUCAGUUUUUAGUCUCCAAAGUGAACUAUUUUACUAUCCAAUCAAAAGAUAUUUUUGGGAGAUAUGGACCAUUUUGUGAUAUAAAAGCUGUUCGUGGCUUCUCUGAAACCCUUACCUAG